AUGGGCCGAGAGAGGCAAAAGAAGAAGAAUAGAUCUUCUAUAUCGAAGGCAAAGCCCAAGUCUAACCGGACGAAAGCGGGCAAGAAGAAGGUCAAUUUUCUGGGUAACGAGAUCAUCAAGCAAAACUGGGAUCGCAAACUCACACUCUCACAGAACUACAAACAGCUCGGCCUGAGCUCUAAGCUGAAUAGCGGAUCUGGCGGGACGGAGAAAGAAAUCCCCAAGGCCGGCGAGGAUGUUAAACCUGUGGCCAGAGAUUCUCUCGCCAUUGCAGGUCCCCGAGCCAAUGCCAAAUUCGUACCUGAGGAAAUCGAGGUCGAGAGGGACCCCAAGACCGGAAAGAUCAUCAGAGUCAUCAGACCGGAAACAGACCUAUCUGCGAACCCAUUGAACGACCCGCUCAACGAUCUCAUGGAAGUUGAAUCGGAAGGCCCUCCUGCCGUCCGGACGGAAAAGCAAAACGAGAUCAUUGCGCAACUAGAGGCCCAGGCUGCCUAUGAAGAGGAGAUGCUCUCGAAGAAACGACCCAGGCAUCAGAGCACAAGAGAAGAGGAGUGGAUUUCGAGUCUCGUGGAGAAACAUGGUGACAACAUCAGGGCCAUGGUGAGAGACAAGAAACUCAAUCCGAUGCAACAGACUGAGGGUGACAUCGGACGGAGACUGAAGAAGUGGAAGGCAAAGCAAGAGGCCACCAGCUAA